GACACGGGCCGGCAGACCCCGGCACUUUCAGUGUGAAAGACCAGUGAGUAGAGAAAGGGGAAACUCUUGAGAGUGAAGAAAUGGCAGCAAUAACACUGAACAAUGGCUUCAAGAUGCCACUAGUCGGUCUCGGCGUUUGGCGUAUGGAAGGCAAAGAGAUAAAACACCUUCUCAUCAACGCCAUCAAGAUCGGUUAUCGUCAUUUAGAUUGUGCUGCUGAUUACCAGAAUGAAACAGAAGUUGGGGAGGCACUUUCAGAAAUAUUUCAAACAGCGCUUGUUAAGAGGGAGGAUCUUUUCAUUACUACAAAGCUUUGGAAUUCAGACCAUGGACAUGUUAUUGAGGCCUGCAAAAACAGUCUGGAAAAGCUUCGGUUGGAUUAUCUAGAUCUAUACCUUGUUCACUUUCCUAUAGCCACAAGGCACACAGGAGUUGGUGCAACUGGAAGUGCUAUGGGUGAGGAUGGUGUGCUGGACAUAGACACUACCGUAACUUUGGAGACUACUUGGCAUGCUAUGGAAGAGCUGGUUUCCAAGGGUUUAGUUCGCAGCAUAGGGAUCAGCAAUUAUGACAUUUUCCUAACUAGAGACUGCUUAGCAUAUUCAAAGGUGAAGCCUGCUGUGAAUCAGAUUGAAACACACCCGUACUUCCAGCGUGAUUCUCUCGUCAAAUUCUGUCAAAAGCACGGAAUCUGUGUCACAGCCCACACACCUCUAGGAGGUGCUGUGGCUAACACUGAAUGGUUUGGUUCAGUAUCAUGUUUGGAUGAUCCAGUUCUGAAAGGUCUAGCUGAGAAAUACAAAAAGACUGUGGCACAAGUUGUUCUCCGCUGGGGUAUCCAGCGGGACACAGUUGUUAUUCCAAAGUCAUCAAAACUGGAGAGGUUGGAGGAGAAUUUCCAGGUUUUCGACUUCGAGCUGACCAAAGAGGACAUGGACCUGGUUAAAAGCAUAGACAGGAAGUAUCGGACCAAUCAACCAGCCAAAUUUUGGGGCAUCGAUCUGUAUGCUUAACUAUGUCCGUGAUUCUGUAUUUGUGGGAUUCCAUAUGUUCUGCAGAGAGGGCAUAGGUCUGUAUACUCGGUAACUAUGUCCUUAUAUGAGAUAUUCCAUAUCUUCUGCAGAGAAUUUGUGUGGAGGCAGUGAAUAUCUUUCCUUUUUCCGGGCACUGUAAAACAACAUAUUGGUCUUUUGCAUAAUUCCCAAUUCAUGAAAUGGAAACCCCUGGAUUUAGUUCAAGGGGAAAAUGUUGAACUUA